AUGAGAGUAGACUAUGAGCAGCUGGUGUCUCAGUUCCCACGGUUGAAGCAGUAUUGGGAUGACGGUCGGUAUCAUAUUGCGAACAACGAGUCGCUGGUCCUCCUGAAUCAAGCCAUCCUGAAACAAUACUUUGGGCUUGAGAUACUAGAUAAGCGAGUCAAGGACGAAAACCUCUUCCCCAGAGUUCCAGGCAGAGCCUUAUAUUGUGAGUAUGUGGCCACUUCUCUAGUGUGGCCUUUGUUGUGGCUUUCUGGGGCAACAUCAUACUCGUGUAUCGAUGUGGGAACCGGUGCAUAUGCAAUAUACGCCAUGCUCCUGGUCAAGAUGCUUCCGCACACGGUGCAAGUAUUCGCGACCGAUAUUAGCACAUCAUCACUGGAGAAUGCUGCAGCAGUAGUUCGGGAUAAUGGUUUGGAAAGUCAAAUACGGCUGUUACGUAAAGGACGUGAAGAUAAUAUGUUCGACGUGGGGCUGGCGGGCGGGGCGCCAUUGCUAGUGAUGUGCAACCCACCUUUUUAUGCAACCCGCGAUGAGAUUGAGGCCAGGAGGCACUCUAAAACACUAACCAAGGCACUGGUGCCCCUGCGCGGGACUGAUGAAGAACUUGUCACCGAAGGUGGAGAGGUCGGUUUUGGAAAGCGUAUGAUCACAGACAGUUCCUUGAGGACGUCCGAGACGCCUGCAUGGUUCACAACACUGGUGGCCAAGUACGAAUCGUUAGCCCCGCUCGUUGCAGAGCUAAUACAGAGCAGAGCAACUGACUAUCACGUAGUUGAGCUUCUGUGUGGUGAUACACGGCGCUGGAUACUGUGCUGGAACUUCAAUAAUAUGAAGGCGCUUAACCUAUGCAGACAGCUCCCCGCCUUUAGCAAACAUACUACCGUACGAAAGGUUCGCGUACGGGCGGAGCUGCAGCUUGGCUGGCUAGGUGAGCAGAUAGUCCGCGAGUGCUCGGGCCGGCUCGAAUAUAGAGAUGUAGGAAACGGUAGGUUGUUCAUCCGUGCCCCAAAUGGAGCCGUCUGGACCCGCCGCUAUCGCCGCAACCGCACCGCCAGGGAGGAACCCAGCGCAUUUGUGCUCGUCUUAGAUACGUCCGGGAUGCGCGUGCAUUGGCUGGAAGGCUCAGAUCCUAAAACCUUCCAAUCCUUCUCUUGCUUUGUUGAACGCGUUAGUGCAAAACUAUAA